AUGCCCACAAAGGUCACGCCUGCACAGGGUGAGACAGUCUCGCCUGACGAACUCUACGAUGUUCUAUGCGGCGCCGCAUCUCAGGACCCAGCGGUGCUGCAGUCCUCCGCCAUGCGGUUGAAGCAGAUGCUCCAGUUGUUCGGCGCUUUCAAUAUCUUGCACGAAAUUGCAGCCCAGAAAACAGUUCCGCUUCCAGUGCGCCAGCAGAGUAUUAUUCAGUUCAAGAACGCUGCGUUGGGCCAUUGGCGGUCGAGGAGGUUCCUAUCCGAUGAACAGCGUGUGAGCAUACGUGGUCGAUGCUUGUUAUUACUCGACGAGAGUGAUGACGUCAUUUCCGAAUGCAACUCGGUCAUUAUUGCAAAGAUUGCACGCGCAGACUACCCUCAGCACUGGCCUGACCUCAUACCACAAUUGUUGGCUGUGAUCAACGGAAGCAUAGAAGCGCGUUCUACAGAUCUCAGCAUGAGCUCCGCGAUGCCUCUCCGUCGUGCAUUAGAAGCAAUGAAUGCUAUCUUGAAAGAGUUCAUGAGCUUGAAGCUCCCCGCAGGAAUCAAAUCAAUGGCCGAGCUCGUACAACAGCUUCAUCUAGUAAUGAUGGGUCACUACUCUCAAGUGACGAUGUCAUUCUCUUCCUCAAUAACGCCUGCCAGCAUCACGCAACCACAUGUAGUGGAGGAUCUGCUUGUAGCUCAUCUUGUGUUCAAGUGCGUCGUUAAGAUGGCCGAAUGGAGCUGGAAUCGCCUUGUCAAUGCCAAAUUCGUAGAUGUUGAACCGUGGAUACACCAACUAUUCCAAGCAUCCGCAGUACAGCUACAAACAUUGUCUGAAUUGCGGAUCAGUCUUGUCUCUGCUACUCAGAUGCAGCCAUUGACUAGCAUUGGGCAGCGUUCUCUGGAUCUACUGACUCGUCACGUCCGUCUCUUUGGAAAGCUCUUCCAGCGCAUGCAGAAGUUGAGCCCCAGUCGAUUCGUUACCCUUCCGAUGAGCAGUGAUCUCGUGCUGUAUUAUUGGAGUAAGGUGGUGCAAGCAUCCAGUGCUCCCCCAGAGUACACCGCAGACACUCCCACUGCUGUAUUUCCUGUCCGCUUUCUGGUGCAAGCUAUGGUCCUGUUCAAGGACAGCCUACCGCAGUGGGCGCCUGUGCGUAAGGACGGGACCGAAAAUGUGACAUCUUUGACCAAGGAGUUCGUGGAAAAUGCUGUGAAGCUGUUAGUCACGCGUUUCAUUCCAUUGAAUACCGGCGAUCUGCAGGAAUGGGAGGCCGAUCCGGAAAAUUGGGUCAAUGUCGAAGAACAGGAAAACGAGCAGUGGGUCUUCGAGCUCCGCCCAUGUGCCGAACGAGUUGUUAUGACACUUUCUACCAACUACCAUCAAUAUGUCAUACCUCUUCUCCAAAUGACCUUCGAGCAGAUGGUCGGUGCCGCAGGGCAACACCCAAGUGAUCUUGACAGUGUCGUUCAAAAGGAAGCGCUGUACUGCGCCAUCGGGCGAUGCGCGCAGAAAUUGAAAGGUGUCAUUCCUUUCGAGCAGUGGUUAGAACGCACGCUUGUCAGAGAAGCCCAGGAGACUAACCCAAGCUAUCCCAUCCUAAAGCGCCGUAUCGCUUGGUUGGUUGGCAAAUGGGUCUCGGUGGACUGCUGUCCCGCCAAUAAUGCGCUGAUCUGGCAAAUUUUGCUCUAUCUGCUGCAGGAUCGCGGCCCUGGGACGGACGAGGUCGUGCGGCUGACAGCAGCCAUGGCAUUACGAGAGUGUCUGGACACAAUCCAAUUUGACGUUAAUGUGUUUGUUCCCUUCUUGCCAGCGGUAGUGAAUGAACUCGAACGGCUGACAGCAGAAGCGGAGACGUUGGAGAGCAAGCGUCGCGUUGCUCGUAGUCUCAAUACAGUCAUUGAGCGUGCUGAAAGUCGCAUUGUCCCUUUGAUACGCAACAUCGCUGGACCUCUGCCUCAACUGUGGACAACUGCCGGAGAAGAUUGGCUCUUCAAGGUUUCGCUACUCGAGACAGUGACAAAAUUAAUAGAGUCCUCGAAAGAACAUUCGGUGCCUCUGAGUAGUCUCGUCGUGCCUCUAGUGCGUGACAGCCUGUCACCUGGAUCUAUACUCCACUUGGACCAGGAUGCCAUGAUCUUGUGGCAUAUGGCACUGCGAAAUACCGUUACUUUGGAAGGAGUAGACGGCGGCCCAGGAUUGAUCGAACUGUUCCCUAUUGCCAUUUCGCUGCUUUCUGAAAACCUGGACUUGCUGGGAAAGAUCGUCGACAUAAUCGAGUCGUACUACCUGCUGGAUCCCGCACGUGUGCUUCAGCCUUUUGCGGUAGAUUUGUUCCGUGCUUAUGUCAAAGCGAUCAAGCAAGCGAUGGGAGUGAACAUCACGAGCAUGGCGACAAGUUUGACAAUACUUUUCCAAAUUGCUCCGUCUGCGCUGUGGGGAGAGGCGCUACACGUUUCAGGACUCUUCGCCCUUCUGGUCAAGACUUUGGUUGAUGACAAGGCAUCCACGCCUGUUCUGACAUCCUAUAUUUAUGUGAUGGCACGAAUAGCCUUUGCGGACAAGCAACUAUUCCUGAACCUGAUGUCCGGAGCAGCGCCGAUUCUAGAAACUAAAGAAACAGAACUUUGGGAGGGUGUCUUGAAUCAGUGGUGGACCAGGUUCGAUAACAUGUCAGAGCCUCGUCUCCGGAAGUUGGCGGCAAUGGGCAUAACAAGCCUUGUAUCCACCGGUCGGCCCGAAGUUCUCGACCGCCUCUCCACGGAGAUUUGCAACCUCUGGAUGGAUGUCUUCAGUGAGAUCAAGGAGGCGCAAGUGCAAGAUGAAGACGAUCCGACUCUAGUGGCCUACUGGGAUCAGCCGACCAACUCCUUCUACAAAGAGUCCGAAAACACUCUUGAGUAUGCUCGCCGCAAAGCUCUUUAUGAUAAUGACCCUGCACGAACUAUCCAGUUGACCGCUUACGUCGCCGCUCGGGUGCAAGAGGCCGAGAGUGUGUGCGGGGGGUCGGCUGAAUUCAACAGGCUGUACCUCGAGGACGCCGACCCCCUUGUCUUGCAGCAAAUCGGUGCAGAACUGACACGCCGAUGAAUUUUGCUGUGCGUACUGAUCUGUUCGACAUUGCAGCAGCACUCAACCACUGCUUGACGAUAGGAAUCGCCCGUGAAGUAGCGAAUUUACAUGGCUCCAUAAUGUACCUAAUAUGUAGCUUGAAGUGCAUAACGAUGGAAUGGAUCCCCAUUUGAAAGAAGACGCAA